AUGCCUUUUUUUCUGUCUCUCUCACUCUCUCUUUCUCUCUCUCUCUCUUUCUCUCUUUCUCUCUCUCUCUCUCUUUCUCCUUCUCUCUCUAUCUGUAGCUUAUUCACCUUCGCAAUAUUUCAAGCAUCCCAUUCUUAUAUUUUUCUUUCUUUCAUUGCCAAUAUUCUUUCUUUCAUUCUUUUCCAAUUUUCUUUCUUCUUUCUUUCUUUCAUUUUCAGUCUUCUUUCUUUCUUUUUUCUUUCAUUUCCAAUCCUCUUUCUUUCUUUUAUUUCCAAUCUUUUUUCUUUCAUUUCCAAUCUUUUUUCUUUCAUUUCCAAUCUUUUUUCUUUCUUUCUUUCUUUCUUUCUUUUCAUUCCUAUUUCUUUUUUCCUUUCUUUCUUUCAUUUGCAAUCUUUUUACUUUCAUUUCCAAUCAUUUUUCUUUCAUUCCCAAUCCCUUUCUUUCUUUCUUUCAUUUCCAAUCUUUUUUCUUUCUUUCUUUCUAUCUUUCUUUCUUUCUUUCUUUCUUUCUUUCUUUUCAUUCCUAUUUCUUUUUUCCUUUCUUUCUUUCAUUUGCAAUCUUUUUACUUUCAUUUCCAAUCAUUUUUCUUUCAUUUCCAAUCCUUUCUUUCUUUCUUUUUUCAUUUCCAAUCUUUUUUCUUUCUUUCUUUCUUUCUUUCUUUCUUUUCUUUUCUUUUUUUUUUUUCUUUUCAUUCCUAUUUCUUUUUUUCCUUUUUCUUUCUUUCAUUUCCAAACUUUUUUCUUUCUUUCUUUCUUUUCAUUCCUAUUUCUUUUUUCCUUUCUUUCUUUCAUUUCCAAUCUUUUUUCUUUCAUUUCCAAUCCCCUUUUUUCUUUCUUUUCCAAUCUUUUUUCUUUCUUUCUUUCUUUCUUUCUUUCUUUUCAUUCCUAUUUCUUUUUUCCUUUCUUUCUUUCAUUUCCAAACUUUUUUCUUUCAUUUCCAAUCCCCUUUCUUUCUUUCAUUUCCAAUCUUUUUUCUUUCUUUCUUUCUUUUCAUUCUUAUUUCUUUUUUCCUUUCUUUCUUUCAUUUCCAAUCUUUUUUCUUUCAUUUCCAAUCGACCUUCCUUCUUUCUUUCUUUCUUUCUUUCUUUCUUUCUUUCUUUUUCAAUCUUUUUUCUUUCUGCUUUUCUUUUCUUUCUUUCAUUUCUCUUUUCUAUCUCCUGCGUCAUUCCUUCCCUUUCACGUCCCCUCCACCCUGGUACCCGCUUUAAACGCCUUUUCUGAUAUUUUUCUUCCUCCUCCUUCUAGCUUACAUUCCUUCACUCUCUUUAAAUUCCAUUUUCAUUAUUUUUCUUUCUCUCCCCUAUCGCCUAAAUCUCCCCAAUAA